ACGUGGAGGGUCGCGCGCACGUGGCUCCGGCACGCCCGUAGCGCGUCUGCGCUAUCAAAUCAAAUCCCGCGCACCACAAGGCCCCGCUUAAAGCCUCGGCAUCGCCUGAGCGCCCUGCGGCCGCAGUCUCCUCGCGGAGCCGCAGAGUCUCGAAUCUCCCGGGGGUCACGGAGCCAUGGCGACCACGGCAGACAGGGUGACGGAGAUGCGCGAACGAGUCCUCCUCAGCGAACACGGCGUGACCAACGUUCAUUCGACGGACUUCCCCGGCAACUACGCGGGCUACGAUGACACGUGGAACCAGGAGAAGUUCGAACAGAACUUCCGCAUCGACGUGGUGCGCAUGGAGGACAUGGAGAUGGAGUUCGACAUGGUCGGGGUCGACGCGGCCAUCGCCAACGCCUUCCGCAGGAUCCUGCUCGCCGAGGUGCCGACGAUGGCGGUGGAGAAGGUGUUCAUCUACAACAACACGUCCAUCAUCCAGGACGAGAUCCUUGCCCACCGCCUGGGCCUCAUCCCCAUCCACGCAGACCCCCGGCUCUUUGAGUUCCGCAACCCGGGUGACGAGGAGGGUACGGACAUCGAUACGGUGAAGUUCCAGCUCAAGGUGAAGUGCAGCAGGAACCCCAAGGUUCCCAAAGACUCCUCCGACCCCAAUGAGCUCUACAUCAACCACAAAGUCUAUUCGCGGCACUUGCGCUGGGUGCCGCUGGGAAGCCAGGCGGACGUGUACGCCGAGGGCUCCAUCCGGCCCGUGGACGACGACAUCCUCAUCGCUCUGCUGCGGCCGGGGCACGAGAUCGACAUCAUGGUGCACUGCGUCAAGGGCAUCGGCCGGGACCACGCCAAGUUCUCCCCCGUGGCCACGGCGAGCUACCGACUUCUGCCGGAGAUCCGGCUCUUGGCGCCUGUUGUCGGGGCACUGGCGCAAAAGCUGCAGAGCUGCUUCUCUGAGGGGGUGAUUGGCGUGGAGGAGGUGGAUGGAGAGAAGGUGGCCAAGGUUCUGAAUGCCCGGCUUGACACGUGUAGCCGAGAGGUGCUGAGGCAUGAGGAUCUGAAGGAUUUGGUGCAGCUGUGCCGCAUCAGGAAUCAUUUCAUCUUCUCGGUGGAGUCGACGGGGGCCCUGCCGCCCAGCGUGCUCGUGUGCGAGGCAAUCAAGGUGCUGAUGGAGAAGUGUCACAAGUAUCUUAACGAGCUCGACUCCAAGGAGGACGACGACGAUGAUGAGGAGGAGGCGGCGGCGGCGGCAGCUGACAAGAUGUGACGUGACGUGGCGUGUCGGGUUCGGAACCGUCAUCUGGUUGUUGUCCUACAGGGUGUCAGAGCCAUAGCUGCUUCAACUGCUGCUGCUGGAGCAGCAUCACCAUAUUCUCUGAAUUAUGAGAUUCAUUGGAUUGUAAAGUAACUUUUCUGACACCGAGCACAAGUUUGGGUUUGCGUCUCACUUUCUGAAAAAUCUUACAAUCCAUACGAAACUGGAACCUCUUUUUCCCACCGCAUAACCGAACCGCUCCAGGGCCCCUGCCCUGGAGCGGUUCGGGAGGCGCCGAUGUUAUUUUUCGACCGCGGAAGCUGAGCCGUGCCGCCGACGUCGCUCGCGGUCGUUGCGUGCGUCGUGCGUCGUCAUGCGUUCGAGUGUACCGACGCAACGUUUGACGAAAGUGAUCAACUCCGCCCCCCCCACGACCCCCGACCCCCUUGCUUGGCCCCGAGCCAGAUUCCGAUGUCUCGUGACACCGGCGAAUCAUUGUUUGGUUUUUAGCUCCGCUCAGCCAAAUUGCCGGUGGGGGGGUGGGGGGGGAAAUACCCGUACAGUGAGGGCCCCCCUCGCUGGCUCAACGCUGCUGGUUCUGCGAGCCCCGAGGCAGCCGUUGGCGAGGGGGACGGGGGGGAGUGCUUCGUAGAGUGAUGUUGGUGUGUAGAAUUCUUAAACUAAAGGAACAUUUUUUUAAUUUGACCAGGUAAAGCCCACUGAGCUCCAGAUAGCUCUUUUUCAGAAGCGACCUGGCCAUAAAUAAUAGCUCAACGAAGUGGCUUGUCACGUGGAAUUAUUGUAGCCGCCAAAUACUCUAAACUCAUGUUUAUUCUAAACUUGGAGGGAAAAACCGGAGGACCCGGAGAAAAAUCCAUGCAACCACGGGGAGAGACAUGCAAACUCCAAGUAUACAGGUGUCAGGUUCGGGAUCAUACCCACGGCCUUCUGCAUACCAGGCAAGGUAGUUAACAUCUCACCACCGUGGCACCCAUUCAUCUCCUACGCUCGCGAUUCUGUGACUCGCAGUGCUGGAUCAAGAUUACAUAAUUUUGUUUUUCUCUUUUGUGAUUAAAGCUACCCGUCGUGGCUGUAGGUGUCCCAUGAACCAUCAUUUUCAUAAAUGUUAAACAGUGUAUUCUUAACACACGCGAUUCGAUGUGUUAUGAAUUUAAGAAUUGAUUGUAAUUGUUUUUCUUCUAUUUUGCCAGCUAGUAAUGUUUGUCUACCUUCAUCCUAACUGCUCAUUUCAGGGAGUUGUUAAAAUUCUCAAUGGUUAAGUUCAGUUCGACUGCCGCGUAGACGGCACUAUGUCACCGUCAACAUUAUUGUCUUAAUUUAUAUUGUCAUAACAGGCACGCAAAGUUGCUUUGUUCAUUUGGACCUUUAUCGUUCCACCCUUUUUGAAACGAAUUGUCCAACACUGUUCCAACUGAGAAUAAUAAAUACGAAAAGUCUGGCAA